AUGGCUACUUCGUCUCCUGCAGCGCAAGCAUGGCACCACGCCAUCAAACUCCGCAAGCACUUGCAAAAGCAGCUCGACAAGGCGGUCGCUUCAACUACCUCCGGAUUCGAUGCUAAACAAAUGGAAGCUGUGGAAGGCACAUUGGAACAAUUCCGACUUGCCUGCGUGCAAACGAUCUUCCUCGACUUCGAAUAUGCCGUUGACGAACACGCCGAAGAAGCCCUUUGGUCGUCCCAUAUCUUGAUAAAUAAGGAGUACAGAUCGCUUAUUAACCGUUUGAAAAAGGCAUCGCAUGCGGUUGAGAAGCGCAAAGCCGACAAGGUCUACUCAAACUUUUUGAGAGUGGCACAAAAGUUUUACAAAGCCUAUAUACAGCGUCUGGGUGCACGAUACGACAUUGCCGAGCUGAAGCGAAUUGCUCGCGGUAUCGAUGUUGAGCCGAUGGUUGCCGACGAUGCGAUCAGUCCUGUCCCCUCUGCGCUCCAAGCCAAAGUCCUGCAGUCGUGUCACGCGACACUUAUCCGACUUGGAGAUUUGGCUAGAUAUAGAGUGCAAGCCAAAGAGAAGAAGUCUGGAUACGAUGUGGUAUUGACAUACUAUGGUCUUGCUCACCAGCUCGUUCCAGAUAAUGGCUUUGCCUAUCAUCAAAUGGGAAUUGUCAGCCUCGCCCAAGAUAACCAUCUCGACAUCAUUUAUCACUUCUAUCGCUCUUGGGCUAUUCGAACUCCCCAUCCGAAUGCCGAACAAAACGUACAACAAGAAUUCAAAGCCGUUCAAUCGUCAGCUACUAAGCCUGGUUCAACUAGAGCUCAGGAUGCCUUCAUCAUGUGGUUUGUGCGGUUGCACGCUUUCUUCUAUAAAGGCGAGGUGUUUUCGCAGCAGAAGGAGCUUGAAACAGAAGUUUUACAUCGCUUAAGGCUAUCUAUCGAAGACCCCGAGUCAAGAACGAUGCUGCUCACUAUGGCCAUGGUAAAUAUGUCGGCGCAUUUCAUUGCUUCAAAGAAGUACAACGAGAACCCCAAGAGCGAGAAGCUGGCUCGCUUUUAUCAGUUUGUCCUCCGGUUCAAUAUUGUAUUUCUCUCCUCAAUAUCAGCCUUCCUCGAAAAAGACUUGCGAGACAGCAUCACAAACUCUCAAGACGACCCAGAAGGAAGCAAAUCUGGAAAGUUAUCAAAAGCUGCUGAGUCUACACUUGCUGUCCUGCGUAUAUACUGCGCUUGGUUAGGAGCUCACCACUCGGAGAUAUAUCAACCAGACUCACCUAUUCGCAACGAAACAUUUUCCAUGAUGGAUUCACUAUCGCAAGUAUUUACCCUACUAUGCGUCGAAACAUACGGCAAAGCGAACCUUGCAUCAUGCUCAUAUCUCCUGUCCGAAGAUCUCGAUGUCUUGGGAUUGGAACCACUCUCUAUUGAACGCCUUCCAGAGCCUUGUCGUUUUUAUUGUACAGCAAGCGGCGUGAGGAAACCUAUGCUACAAGCCGCGUCACAACGACUGGAUGGUAGUGGCGAGAAGCUAUCCAGGAUUCUGGAUAUUCUACGAUGUGCCUAUUUUCUUGCCUCUGAGAACGGGGUCCCAUUGACCCAGCAAGUCAUUGAUGGUUAUUUAUUGUUUGAGUGCAAGACAAUAACCACAGCAAAAAACGCUAUUGAUGCCAAACCGACUGCAUCUCAAUCUGCUCCUACUACUACGGGACUGGGUCUACAGGGCGUUCAACAGUUGGGAACCAAUAUGGCUUACGUUGACGAACAGGAUCAUGCACCAAAACGGCAAACAAAAAGUAACCCGGUAGAAGCAGAAGAUCCAGAAAAUACCGUUAUGAACAUGUUGACGCCUUUCUUGCGCCCUCCUACACCUGAUACCGACCUUGGCCGCCAUGUUGCGUCGGAUAACGCCAACUUUGCCAGUUCCGCUACCAACAAGGUCGCUCAAGUGCCUUUGAGCAAUGCAUUUGAAGCAAAGCCUAUUGCUGCAGCAAAGUUUGCCCCGUUGCCAUGGAACUGGUUCAACACUCCUCAACCAGGUGCAGAAGACAAUUCGAGGUCCACGAUGCCUCGACAACUAUCGCUUCAAGCAAGCCCUACACGGUCACCUAUGCAAGGCAUUCGAAACAGUGUUGGUGGCGAUGGUUCGUUCCCGUCACCGUCGCUGCCUAAAUUGCCGAACGAAGCCCAAAACAUGUCUAGAAGCUACUCGACCGCUUCUACGCACCACGCUGAUGCUGCCCACCGAGCACAGCUAUUACAGUCCUUAACAGGGAAUCGUCAGCAUGCAUCACCUCGCUGGGAACAAGACCAGCCAUUUCAUUCCGGGACAUUUAAAUCGACUUGGAGCCCCCAAAUUGGGGCGAAUAACUUCUCAGGUGGUUCGAACAUGUCCAACUUUUCUCAUACCAGCACCCUAUUUCACGGAUCACCUGCGAAUGGGUUUGGUCUAGGAAUGAAUGCCAACCGUAGCGCCAGUCUUGGAUCAGCAUGGCAAUCGCCGGCAUUUGAACGAGAAUCCGCUCACCCUGCGCGUCAUUUGAGGAUGGACGACACUACCACGAGCUAUGACGAAGCCAUUUUACGAGCUGCAUAUGACGGGACCACUUGA